CAGACUUUCUCUCUCAGGCGAUUUCCUAGGGCUUCUGAGAUUUUCUUUUCUUUUCUCGGGAAGGAAAAGAAAAAAAACAGUAACCAAACCAAACGGGCCAGAUAGAUGGCGAGAAGACCGGACGAGGAGUACGAUUACCUGUUCAAGGUAGUUUUGAUCGGCGAUUCCGGCGUCGGCAAAUCCAACCUCCUCUCCCGAUUCACUCGCAACGAGUUUUGUUUGGAGUCUAAGUCUACUAUCGGCGUUGAAUUCGCCACUCGCACACUUCAGGUCGAGGGACGAACUGUGAAAGCUCAGAUAUGGGACACAGCAGGGCAGGAGCGGUACAGAGCAAUUACCAGUGCCUACUAUAGGGGUGCCCUUGGAGCUCUUCUAGUUUAUGAUGUAACAAAACCAACGACCUUUGAAAAUGUAAGCAGGUGGCUGAAGGAGUUGAGGGACCACGCUGACUCCAACAUUGUCAUCAUGCUAAUUGGAAACAAGACUGAUUUGAAGCAUCUUCGAGCAGUUGCCACAGAGGAUGCACAGGGUUUUGCUGAGAAAGAAGGGCUUUCAUUCAUCGAAACUUCAGCCCUCGAAGCAACCAAUGUUGAGAAGGCCUUCCAGACAAUUCUUGGAGAGAUAUACAGGAUAAUAAGCAAGAAGACCCUUUCUUCUGAUGACCCUGCACCUGCUGGCAUCAAAGAAGGAAAGACCCUUGUAGUCGACGGAUCCGACACCAACACAAAGAAGACUUGCUGCUCUUCAUUCUAAAAAGGUGAUCUUAGUUUACCCUUCUUUUCUUAUCCUCCUUUUUUUUUUUCUCCCAAUUGGGGUGUUAUUGUUUUGAAUCUGCAUUUUUUUUUUUUCAUAUCUACUUCCGAACUAUAUUUCAUGGUUUGUUAUUGGGAUUAUUUUUAAGGCUUUUUAUUUAUUGGCGUGCUUGCAUAA